AUGACCAAUGUUGCAUUCAUUCUCGGCUCCGGCCCCCGUAUUGGCGCUUCCGUUGCGAAGAAGUUCCUCCGCGAAGGAUACAAGGUUGCAAUUGGGAAGCGGAAUACAAAUACACCAUUGGAGUCUGGACUGGAGGGUGCGCUUCCUGUGGAAUUAGAAGUGACUAGCAAUGAGUCUAUUGCAAAGGCAUUUGCGGAGGUUGAGUCGAAACUAGGCUUCCCAAACGUCGUCAUUUACAAUAUCGCCGCUCUUACUUUCCCGCCAGAACAGAAUAAUCCCUUCAGCGUACCUCCCGAUUCAUUCGGAAGAGACACUACUGUCAAUGUAGUUGGCGGAUAUGCCGCCAUCUAUGCCGCCAUCAAGGGAUGGAAAGGACUCGACGCCUCCGUCCCGAAGGUGUUCAUUGCUACCGGUAACGUAACGCCGUUUUAUCCAAACCCAUUUGCGACGACCCUGGCGUCUGGGAAGUCUGCUCUUGUGCAACUCAUUCGGCUGGGGGACCAGCAUUUCAAAUCGGAUAAAUACAAGUUCUAUUUCGCCUCGCAGGUCACAUCGGAAGGACACCCUGUAAGCUGGGAGGGUGUUAAAGCUGCUGCGCAUGGGGACGUAUACUGGGACUUGGUGCAAGACAAGAACAGCGACAAUUGGGAUGUCCGAUUUGUCGUUGACGAUAAGGACGCCGUGUCAUACUUGAAGUGA